AUGAGAAAAUUCUAUAUGGAAAAACGACCAUCAUUUUGGAAAGUGCCUGAAUUUGGAUUGGAUAAGCAGCAGCAGGCAGUAACUGGUACAAUUAAAUCAGCCUUAAUUAAAACGCAUUUAAAACAACACAAUCGUAUACAAAAACAUGUCCGCUUUAAAGAUGGCUAUGAUAAGGAAAUGAAAGUACAAGUGGGCACACCGGCCUAUGGUGAGGUGUUGCGGGGUGAUAUCAUCGCAAAAAUUGGUGAAUAUGAUGCUCGCGAUCUUAGUCACGCUGAUGCUCAGACGCUAUUUCGUACAGCCGGCAAUGAAAUACGAAUUGUCGUACGCAGGGAUAAUAAGAUUGCCUACACUCAGGGUUUAAGUGGAGACAAUUCCGUUGCGAGUCCAGCGUUACUUUCUACAAGUCCCGAACAAAAUGCUCCACAUAGAUCACCAUCACCAUUUUUAAAUGGACCUGGUCAUUAUGAGCGUGCUCUACAGGUACCUGUAGAUACAUUGCCUCAUACAGUAUUUCCAAAACUGAAUCCGACCGGCGGUUAUGUUCCACCGGCUGAAGGCGGCAGUUUCUCCCCAAUGCCAACACGUGAUCAUCAGCAGGAAGUUGCUGAAGAGCAAGCGACCAUUGUUAAUCAACCCUACCGAACUACUCCGCUGGUAUUGCCCGGCGCCAAAGUUAAAAAGGAUGCUCCUACCACAGAAUCCUAUCUGAGACAUUAUCCGAAUCCGGCCGUGCGUGCCCCGCCCGGGCACGAUUAUCACGAUAGUGUGAUGAAACAACGUGUUGCUGAUACUAUGUUGCAUAAAGUUGUUGGUCCAGAUGCCGAUUCCGGACGAGUGUUCCAUAAGCAAUUCAAUUCACCCAUUGGUUUGUACUCAGAAAACAACAUUGAGAACACCAUACGUCAAACAGUUCCAAUUUUCAUCGAUUUAUCUUUCCUGGAGCAAAAAUAUAAAAUACUGGAGCAACAAAAGCAGAAAGAACUAGAAGAACAGCAAAAAAGAGAACAGCGUGGAAAGCAGCUGGAGCAACUGUAUCGUCAUUAAAAAAUCGAGUAGUAACAGCAAUAAUAAGCAAUAACUAGAAAAAAUCGAAAUUCAAAAACAAAGAAGAGAAUCAUAUAGAAAGCGAGACAUUUAACACACUUAACACGCAGUCAUCGUAAUCCUAAUUACCGUGUAACGCUAUUCUCAUUAUCAUUAAAAGAGCUUAUAAAAACUGUGGCUCUCUCAAUCAUAAACUCCUUACCACGCUCACACUUAAUUGUCGACUUGGAUUAUUAUGUCAACCCCAAUAUAUCUCAUUUUUCCUUAUCAUAUCAUUUCCAUUAAUUUAUCGUAACCGAAAAAAAAUUAAAAUAUUUCAAAAUAAAAUUGAUUAAGCUUUAAGAAGCUUUUAUGUCAUGCUACUGCUAACCAUGGUUUGUUGAUGGCACAAAAGUUCAUUUAAUUAUUUAUUUAUAAAUAUGUGCAUAAAUACAUGCUAAUUUAAUUAGGCGUAAGAUUGGUUGCAUAACAAAAAAUUUCAUUUAAAACAAUUCGAUAUCGUGCGUCAUUCAGAAUAAUUAUUUCCAAACGUUUAAUACUUAAAAUUCUAACGGAUUUUGUGCACAUCCUGUUUCUCUCUCUCUCUCUCUCUCUCUCUCUCUCU